CAAAACCAUCUAAACAGAGCGAUUUACGUUUCCUACGUGACAGGCCCUGGGGGCGGAGCCACACUCAACAUCAACAAAAGGAAAAGGGAAGCAGCGAAAACAGACGAAAGAUUCUCGGAUACACGAACACAAUAUGUCCUUUUAACAUACCUGGUGUUUUGACAACUUGAAACACACAAAGUGAAAAUAUGGAGGCCAUCAAACUGAUGAAGGAGCUGAAGAGCAAUUUGGACCAGGAGGUUCAUUAUCUGCCAAAGGAAACUGGUCUCAGUUUGAUCGAAUCCACACAAGAGAAUGGUACUGGAGUUUCAGCCAAAUGUCGAGAUGCUCGAGUGGAAGAUCUCUGGAGCUUGACCAGUUUCUUCGGUUACAGCACUCAGACCUUUGUACUAGCCAUUAACCUGCUGGACAGGUUUAUAGCUAUGAUGAAGGUUCAGCCCAGAUAUUUGGCAUGCAUCAGCAUCGGUUGCCUUCACAUCGCCGCCCGAGUGACCGAAGAAGAGUGCAAGGUUUCAUCCAGCCAUGAACUCAUUCGCAUCAGCCAAUGCAAGUUCACAGUCUCAGACCUCAAUCGAAUGGAGAAGAUCAUUUCGGAGAAACUCAACUUCCAAUUGAAAGCUGUCACAGCCUUAACCUUCCUGCAUUUGUACCACGCCAUUGCACUUUCGCACACGUCCAACAGAAAAGACGUCCUGAAUCUUGACAAACUGGAAGCCCAGCUGAAAGCCUGCCUAUGCAGAAUUGUUUUCUCCAAAGCAAAACCUUCUGUGCUUGCUUUGUCGCUGUUGAUGCUUGAGAUUGAGGCCUUACAGUCUGUGGAACUGCUAGAAAUCGCCCAGCGCAUACAAACACACCUGAAGAUCUCGAAGGCUGACCUGGCGCACUGGCGAGGUCUGGUAGGCCAGUGCAUGAGGGAAUACUCCUCUCCAGAAUGUGCCAAACCUGACCACAAGAAACUGGUGUGGAUCGUCUCACGGAGGACGGCACAGAACCUGCACAGCAGCUACCGCAGCGUCCCCGAGCUGCCCACCAUACCAGAGGACGCGUGGGACGAGAGCGAGAGUGAGGAUUCAAGUGAAGACCUGAGCUCUGGGGAAGAGAGUCUGAGCAGCUCACUGGGCAGCGAUGCCGAGGGACACUACUUCCCCUCCAACUUCCGCUCCCGUGCCCGCAGACAGUAAUAUGCUCUAAACCACUCGUCAAGGAGCACAACCGCCAACGGAGAUGUGUCCUCCUCCUCCACCAGCCAAUGAUCUGAACGGCUUCCUUGUCAUCUUCCAAGAUGAUGCAGAUCACAGACCUCUUCUGGCUGGAAACCUAAUAGUUAUACAGCAAGGUGCCAUUGUGCCUGGGUUCAAUGAAACCACUGAGUCCAAAAUAUCAGAAUUGUAUUUUAAAACUCUUCUUUUAUGGCUUUACAGAAAGCCAGUCCAGAUACUGUAAACAUUUCUCAUGAUUACUUGUGUUAAGCUCAAAGUAAAAUAACUCAGCCUGCACAACACUGGCAGCUAAAAACUAAAAAAAAAAAGUAGCAUAGAUAGCGUUUGUAGAAGUUGGUGCAUGUUUGGAUUUGUCAACAUUCCAGGUUUGCUCAAUAUGACAUAUCCAAGGUACACUAGACUGUUAUAGACAACUUGAGACUUGUACUUUGGUGCUUUGCACAGUUUUGUAAUACGAUUGUAAGUGCGUGACAGUGAGAAAGCUGCGUGUCAGCAGGUCAUAUAGUUAGAGAUUUAAUGUGGUGCGCAUUGUUUAUUUUUCGUGUGUGUAUGUGAGUGUGAUGAUGUUAACCUACUUGCCAAUUAAGUAUAAGUUUCACUUUAGCCGAUGUAUGAAGACAAAUACUGUAUGCUGAAAAUGUGCAAACAACAAAAAAAGCCUAAAAACCUUAAAAUGUAAAAAUGUCAAUAUAAAAAAAAUGUAAAUUUGUAUAAUGUAAAAAAAAAAAAAAUGCAUAUACGUCCUGUAUAGCAUCCUGUAGAUAUUAACUUAUUGUUAUUUUUGUCAUGGUAAUAUUUAAAAAAAAAAAAAUCAUUCACAAUUAAAAAAAGCUAUUUUCAAAUUCA